AUGGAAAAGGAUGGUUCCGCGGGGAAACCUGAGUUUCACGUGGCAGGGGCGCGGGGGCAAUUAGGCGCAGGCGCAACCGCGGGGACAGGGGGACAGGAAGGGGCGCGGGGAUCACACUCGGGGGCUUGGGCGGGGCAACCGGGGGAGUGGGCGGGGGAGGCGGGGGCGGGGUGGGACGGGGACUGGCUGGGGGAGGCACGGAGGCGCGCGGGGCCGUGGGAGGGGCGGCCAUUGGCGGUGGUGAGUCUGUUCGACGGGUGCGGCGCCAUCUGGCAGGCGCUGCACGACUGCGGCAUUCCCUUCACGGGCGUCAGCUCUGAAAUCGUGAGUGCAGAGACGCUGGGCGCCUUUCUGGGCGCCUUGCUAAGUGUGCUGCACGCUGGGUGUGCUGCACGCUGGGACCCAUUCGCAGUGGAGGUGGUGCGGCACAGGUGGCCGGCCGUGCAGCACGUGGGGGAUAUCACCUCCCUCACACCGUCUACUAUCCACGCCGCCCUUGCUGCCGCUGCUGCUGCUAAUGCUGCCACUGCUGCUGCUGCUGCUGCUGCUGCUGCCACCAAGGAUCCACGACCGAGAAAGUGCAAGGAAGCUUCACCGGAUGUUGUCGCUGGUGUUCAGGUGGACCUGCUAGUGGGCGGCUUUCCUUGUCAGGACCUGAGCAGCAUGAACAGGAACAGGGUGGGCCUGCACGGCCCGCGCAGUGGACUCUUCUUCCACCUGCUGCGCCUCAUCCAGCAGCUCUCGCCCAGAUGGUUUCUGGUGGAGAACGUGGCGAGCAUGCAGUGGAUGGAUCGCGAUGAGAUCUCCAAGUAUCUGGGAGUGCCGCCCAUCUGCAUCGACUGCGCCGACCUCACGGCGCAGGCGCGGCGGCGGCUGUUUUGGACCAACCUGCCGCUGCCAGCUCAGAUGCCGCCCGUGCGCUGCCACCCGUCCACGCUGCUGCAGAGCAAGCUGUGUGAUGCCAUCGCCACGGAAGACAAGUGCGGGCCCAUCAUGAAGACCAAUUACCGCACGGCCGGCAAGGGCCGCACCAAUCAGGUCAUCUGCCUGCGAUCCCAUGCCGCCCGCUUCUUCCUCUCCCACGAGAUCGAGAGAAUCUUUGGAUUCCCGCCCGGAUACACCAAGAUCCCCGCCGCCCGGUUCGCUGCUAUCAAGGCGGGGAGGAGAGGGUGGGGCGGAGGGAAAGCAGGGACAGGGAAGGGGCGAGAAAUCGGUACGGGGAAUUGGAAGCCUGUUGGGGCUGAUUGCUGGAGAGGGGAGGAAGGGGAGGAGGAGAGUGAAGACGUGAGGGAGGUGAAGAUUGAAGAAGGGGUGAGAACUGGUGGAGGAGUGAAGAGCAAAGAAGGGGUGAAGAUCAAGAGAGGAGUGAAGAGUGAAGGAGUGAGGACGGAGAGGGGAGUGAAGAGUGAAGGAGUGAGGAGGGAGAGAGGAGUGAAGAGUGAAGGAGGAGUGAGGAGCGAGGGAGAGGUGAAGGAUCUCGAUGCAGCAGCUGCUAGUAACCCCUCCGUUCCAGCUUUCUCCCCUGUGCGAGUUCUGGGCAGGGCAGUGUUUGAUGGGGUGAGGGAGGUGAGGGAGGUGAGAGAGGAGGAGGGAGAGGAAUCGGAGGUGAGGGAGGUGAGGGAAAUGGGGGAGGUGAGGGGGAUGAAGGAGGUUAAGGAAGGGGAGGAGGUGAGGGGGGUGAGGGAGGUAAGUUCAUGCCUUGCCGGGGGAGAUGAAGGAGGAACAGGAGGUGCUGAGGGGUUUGGUGUGGUGGGAAGAGAUGGUGGGAAGUGGGUGUUGGGCGUUGCGGCAAAGGUGCGUGGCGGAAAGGGAAGAGGUAAGGGCGGAGAGGCUGGAAGGAGGGUGGUGGGGAAGAGGAAUGGAGGGGCAGAAUGUGAGGAGGAGAGAGGUGGAGGGAAGAGGAGGAGGGUGCAAGGGAGUGAGGGUCAGCAUGAUGCGGUGACAAGCGGUGACCAUGCAGAUGCUGAUGGUGAUCAAGUGGAGAGCGGUGGCAUUGGGUUGUUGAAGGGUGAUAAUGCGGUGGAGAACAGUCACGCUACGGAUGGUGAUGAUAGUGAUGAUGACGAUGAUGUGGUUGAGGUGGUAGCAUCGGUAUUAGGGGACGACGGAGGGGAGAAGGAUGAAGACCAGAAGGGAGGCGAGAAGAAGGGCCGAAAGGACGAGGAGGGGGAUGGGUCAGGCGAACACUCUCCUCCCGCUGCUGCUGAUGUUGCGUCUGCUGCUGCUGCACCUGCUGCUGCUGGCGGCAGCACUGGGAGGUCGUUGCGAGCGCGGCCAAGGAUUGGAUUCUACAGCGAGGCAGAGCUCAUGUGCGUGGGUGGGAAAUGGUGUGAGUGGGAGGUGAUGUGGUGGGAGGGCGGGGUGAAGGUGAGGAGGGGCGUGCAGCAGUGCGCCCCGGAGACGAGGCGCAGGCGGAGUGGGGGUGGUGAGAGAGCGGGUAGGAGGGCGGAUGGGUUGAGUAGUAGGGAGGAGGAGGAGACGAGUGGAGGGGGUGAGAGUAAGCAGGAUGAGCUGCAGGAGAGGGACCGGUGGGGCCUGCUGGUGAUAUCGUACCUGCUCACGCCGCUGCUCUCCCCCUCGCUGCGCCUCUCCGCUCCCCCCUGUGCACUGCCUGCCUGUGUGCCUCCCCACGUCACCCGCGCCAAGUGCGCUCUCAUGGUACCAGGGGAGGUGUGGGCAGCAUACAGCUGGUCCAAGCUGCCCAACUGGUACGCGCUGAUCCUCUCCGUUGAGGGCGGCAGAUUCGAUACUGAGUCGGCUCCGCUUCGCAAGCCGGCUCCUCUCUGCAUCACGUAUCGGUACUUCUAUCUCGUAGAUGCUCACUCAACCGGGCAUCCUGCAGGGAAGAGGGAAGAGAGGGAGGAGAGCGAGAGUGCUGACGAGGAGGAAGAGGAAGAGGAGGAUGAGGAUGAGGAUGAGGGGGAGGAGUACAAGGGCGCGGAGGAGGACGAGCACACGUGGCAUGGAGCAGGGUUGUAUGAGAUGGAGCAGGAGACGCACACCGCCACCAGCCUCACUGUCUUCAGCCACAGGGUGCGGAGAGUGCGCAGGGUGGCAGGAGGACCAGGCAGCAAUGUGCACGCGGUGUAUCCGCAGCCAGGCUCCGUGUGGGCGCUCAAGUGGCCCUUCAAACGCGACUUCUCCCUCGUUUACGUGGUAGCCAGCAGCAUCGAGUUCAACCCUCCCAGCCUCUCCUCUCCAUCGCCCUCCUCCCACCCCUCCCCCGCCACAUCCUCCACUCUCCAACCCUCCCCCACCUCCCCCAUCCGAGCCUCUCCCACCUCCCCCACCACAUUCCGAGCCUCCAUCCGAGCCUUCAGUGCGACGGUGCGGGCGCUGGUGCGGCGGCGCAGUGUGAAGAUGGGGGUGGGCAUGGAUCCGCUGUGGGGCGUGCACGAGCACGAGUGGCAGGUGCACGACCUCUCUGCGUUCGCCUUUGAGGCGCCCUUCCACUUCCACAGCGACCGACGCACCCUCGUGGUGGAGCCACAGACCCACAAGGAGCCCGAGUAA